AUGUCUCCAACCCCGAGCCCACCUUGCGACCCGCUCAUUCCUGUCUCCGCCUCCUCGCAGGUGGCACCUCCCCCCGCUACGGCCGCGGGCGCCCUCCUGCCGUGCCCAGUGUCCCGGCUGGACUUCCUCAAGGCCUCGCACUUCGCGCUGGGGCCGGACCCGCGGCUGCACGCGGACGCCAAGCAGCCCACAUCGCACCGGGACUUCCCCGCCUACUCGGGCUCUAUCCGUGGGCCACUGUGCCCGCCGCCGUCCUGCUCAUCCCUCUUCCAAAAGGAUGCGCGCUGGGCGGGCCAGGAGCGCCUGUCGGAGACGCGCUGCGCCUAUGAGCCCCCGCCACCUGUGCUGUUGAGGGAGCAGGAGCGGGAACUGGCGCGGAAGCGCACACUCGCCACGCAAGCCGGUCACCUGCACGUGCACGCGGAAGCGCGCGCGCGCACCGGCCUCUCCACCGCGCGCGGCGACUACAGCUGGCCAGAGCCGUCGGAGCGCGCUCGCGAACACACCCGCGGAGCGCGCCUCAUCUUCGACCGCGACUCGCUGCCGUCCGGCGACCGAGCCAAGCUGCGCAUCCCGCCCACCACGUACCGGGAGUUCUUCCCGCUCCACGACCUUUGCCUGAAGCCCCGAGAGCCUGCCUGCCGCCUCUGUGGGCCCAAUCCCCUCCAGUGGGAGCACAAAAGACAGGAUGAUAGCACCUCCUACCAGAGACAGUUCCAGGCCCUGCCAGGCCCACCUGUCUUGCCGUGUAAGAGGGCCUCCUCCAGCAUAGGACUGGGAGACUUCAAGAUUGGCUACAGGCCCAUGUGCACAGAGCAGAAACAAGCCUAUGGGCCUCCAGAUCUGCCCCCGGACAGGUAUGACAAGGCCCAGGCCUCAGCCCACAUUCACUGUGUGAACAUCCGUCCUGGGGAUGGCCUCUUCCACGACAGGACCACCAAGAGGGAACACUUCUAUGCCCGGGAGCCAGAACCUUUCCUUCUUCACCAUGACCAGACUCCGGAGUCACACAUCCUGGAAGGAAACGGGUGUCCCGGUCCGGGGAGCCUCACCACCUCCACACACUUCUUCUACCGUCAGCCCCUGCAAACGAGCGAGCUAGCCAGCCGCCACGUGCCUCAUGAGACACUGCAGAGUCACAUAACCCUAGGGGAGCCGUCGCUGCUCGGACAGUUCUUCCAGACCUCCAUGGGCACGGACUAUUUACCCCCUGGGAUGCCAAAGCCGCGGAAAGCGCCCAACCUCCACCUGCAGCGCAGCAACCUGCCGGAGGGCACCGGUGACGUAGAUUUUUUAACCACGAACCGGAAGAUGCUGAAGCCACACGGAAUAGCUCCAGCCUCUGUGACGGAGGAGCUGCUACAGCGGUGCAAGUAUAGCCACUUGGAGCCCCCGCUGGGUCAACAGCGCUUCUUCUCAACCCUAAACAAGGAUGAAUUUACCUUCAAGUACCAGGGCCCAGCAGUGCUAAGAUGGGACGACUUCCAGGAGAGUCACUUGCCCCUGGGCUCUCUUCAUCAGUGGGGCUGUGGGGCUCGGAAAGUGGACCCUCGGGCCCCCCAGACCCCUAUCUACCCAUGCCCUAGCCAGCAAUAA